AUGUCUGCGAAACUCAGUUGGGCUUCUAGAAGGCCGCUCUCCCAUGCUACAAAAGCGGUUUCAGUCUUCAGUUUGUCCAAUGCGUUGCUCAAUCGAGCUCGAUCAAUUGCACAGGAACAUGACAAACUCAGUCAACUCCUCGGGGAGUCCUUCGAUUCCAAAGUCGCAAAGCGCAUGGGCGAACUGGCACCCGUCGCCCAAGCUGUGAAAGAUUGGGACAAAACACAGGAAGCCAUUACAGAAUUGAAUCUACUCAUUGGAGAUCCCGAAACUGACUCCGAAUUGAGAUCGCUCGCUAUCGAAGACCUGGAACAGACCCAAACGCAGCUUCCAGUUGUAUCCGAGCAACUCAAAACUUCCUUGAUUCCACGGCAUCCUUUUGCAGGUCUCCCGUGCCUUCUCGAGAUUAGACCGGGCGCAGGCGGCGAUGAAGCUGGACUUUUCGCCUACGACCUGCUAAGGAUGUACCUAUCGUUCUGCGCGCGGCGGGGACUGCGCACAUCGAUUGUGAAGCAAGACAUGGAAGAAACUACAGCAAAUGACCGCAUCACGGAGGCAGUAGUCGAAAUCGAAACACCAGGCAGCUAUGAAAUUUUAAGGUCUGAAAUCGGUGUGCACAGAGUUCAAAGAGUGCCUGCUACAGAGACCAAGGGGCGCACACACACCAGCGCAGUCAGUGUGAUGAUACUACCCAGUUUCCCGGAAACGGGGUCAGGAGGCGGCGACGAGGCUCUAAAUUUCGAAGAUCCGAAUAGCGACUACUACGUUAACCCGCAAGAAGUGCGAUCCGAGAAGAUGCGUGCCAGUGGUGCUGGCGGUCAACACGUCAACAAAACCGAGUCUGCAAUUCGAUUAACUCAUCUUCCAACAGGCCUCACAGUCUCCAUGCAAGACUCAAGGUCUCAGCAUGCAAAUCGCAAAAAGGCAUGGCAGCUCUUGCGCGCGAAACUCGCCGAAAGGAGACGAGAAGCUCGCGAGGAAGAGAUGGUCCAACUUCGAAGGGGCGCCAUGGGCGGUGUUGCAAGAAUGGGCCGCGGUGAUAAAGUCCGCACUUACAACUUCAGUCAGAGCCGAUGUACAGAUCAUCGCAGCGGCACCACCGUACAUGACCUCGACAGCGUUCUUGAUGGUGGGCAUGGACUGGAGACCGUCAUGGACAGCGUCCGCACAUGGCUUGUUGACCGUGAUAUAGAGCUGAUGAUGGUAGAUCAAGGAGAAAAACUAUAA